GUACGUUCUAUGAGAGAUGAAUACAUGGCGAUCAGAUACUUCAAUAAUUGUGCGAUAAAUGUGCUUUACGAGUAACGCUAUUUGACGCAGAGAUUGUCACAUGGAACUCACUUUGCUAGUCUAGUUUCCUAAAUUGCCGCAGUCCGGUUUCUACUGGGAACUACAACAAAGGAAAUGUCGAAGAAGCCCUCUCUGGAGUCUCCACCACGGUCGAAGCCGUCACUUUCCAAGUGGCUCUCGGGGUUCGCAAAGACGCGGUUUACCACUGUAAAGAAAUCGCUUCAUGACAAUAUCGAGUUCGUAUCAUUUUGUUCGGGAGCUUUGAUGGUGUGCUGAAAUGAGCGUCCUGCAGCUUCGUUCCAUCUUCGAUACCUGCCCAGAGAGGGCUGGAAAUGCUGGCGAUAGCCUCCUGGUCCUUCCUGAUACUCAAGUGCUGCACGCUGUUCAUCUUCCUGUAUUCCUUUCCACCGUUGUGGCCUCCCGUUACUUGUUAUAUGAUAUGGGUGUAUUGCCUCGACAAGUCACCUGAGCACGGAGGGCGGGUCUGGCACUGGUACCGUCGGUGUUCAUGGUGGAGGUACUUCGUGGCGUACUAUCCUAUCACAUGCUUGAAGGAAGCAGACUUGCCGCCCAGUCGCACUUAUGUUUUUGGUUAUCACCCCCAUGGUAUUAUUGGCACGGGAGCUUUUGCAAACUUUGCUACCGAUACGACUGGAGUCUCCAAACUUUUCCCUGGGAUUACAACUCAUCUUCUCACUCUUUCUAGCAACUUUAAACUUCCGUUCUAUCGGGAAUGUAUGAUACACCUGGGAAUGGGGAGCAUGAGUAAGAGAUCAUGCAUUAACAUCCUGCAGAGCGGGCCAGGACAGUCUAUCACCAUCGUAGUGGGAGGGGCCGCAGAGAUCCUGAGUGCUCAUCCAGGAACCGCCGACUUGACUCUUCGUAAACGGCUAGGGUUCAUCAAGCUUGCUAUACAGGAAGGAGCGGACCUCGUACCGGUCUUCUCCGGAGAAAACGACAUUCUCUCGCAAUUGCCCAACGAGAAGGGGAGUGUCAUUUACAUGUUCCAGAAGAAACUUCUGGAGAUGUUUGGUUUUACCUUGUCUCUGCUCCACGGAAGAGGGCUGCUCAAUUACAAUCUCGGGCUACUCCCCUAUAGGCAGAGAAUAACUGCCGUCGUUUGACGACCCAUACCCGUGAAACGAGUCAAUCAACCAGACAUGGAGGAGGUUCGACGCAUCCAGACUCUUUACAUCGCGGAACUGCAGCGGAUUUGGGAUACCCACAAGGAUGAGUUUGCAAGGACCAGGAAGCGGGAGUUGAAUAUUAUUGAUUAGUAUACAUUCUUUGAACGGUUUUUUUAGUUGUAACUCGAACAUCUUAUUCCCAGUACAGCGCUAUUCUUCUCAACUUGCUUGCAGUCAUGAAUAUGCGACACGACCAACAUACGUAGAUAGCUUAGCUAUAGAUCUAAAUUCAUAUCGUCAUCGGUAAACCUU